AUGUCAGCGACCUUCCCUGGGCUUGUCCACGACGCCGAGAUACGUCACGACGGAUCAAACAGCUACCGUCUCAUGCAGCUCGGUUGCCUGGAGUCCGUGGCCAACUCUUCGGUCGCCUACUCGUCCUCCUCCCCGCUCACCUACCCGGCCCCGGCGGGGACGGAGUUCGCAUCACCCUACUUUUCCGCCAACCAUCAGUACACGCCCCUGCACCACCAGUCCUUCCACUACGAGUUCCAGCACUCACACCCGGUGGCCCCCGAGGCCUACGGGCUAAACUCGUUGCACUCGGGCCAGUACUACCAGCAGCUGCAUCACGGCGAGCCCGCGGACUUCAUCAACCUCCACAGCGCGCGCUCUGCUCUCAAGUCCUCGUGUCUGGACGAGCAGCAGCGGCGAGAGCUCGGCUGCCUCGAUGCCUACCGCCGCCAUGACCUGUCUCUGAUGACGUCACACGGCUCUCAGGCCUACGGCGUCGGCAUGCACCAUCCGGACCAGAGGCUGCUGCCCGCCGCCGGCCUGGGCCUACCUCCGCCCGCUGGCGACGACCUGCAGGGCUCAGUGGAGGCGCAGUGUGGACUGGUGCUCAACGGCCAGGGAGGGGUCAUCCGCAGAGGGGGCACGUGCGUAGUGAAUCCCACAGACCUGUUCUGCUCUGUCCCGGGCCGCCUGUCUCUGCUCAGCUCCACCUCCAAAUACAAAGUGACCAUCGCAGAGGUCAAGAGACGCCUGUCCCCUCCCGAGUGCCUCAACGCCUCCUUACUAGGGGGUAUCCUGCGCAGAGCAAAGUCUAAAAAUGGUGGCCGGUGUCUUCGAGAGAAAUUAGACCGCUUAGGACUCAAUCUUCCGGCAGGACGGAGGAAAGCUGCUAAUGUUACGCUACUCACAUCGUUAGUGGAAGGAGAAGCACUUCACCUGGCGCGGGACUUUGGCUACACAUGUGAGACAGAAUUCCCCAGUAAAGCAGUGGGUGAACAUUUGGCACGACAACAUAAUGAGCCUAAAGAAACAAGUGCGCGCAAGAAAAUGGUCCUAGCCACAAAGCAGAUCUGUAAGGAGUUCCAGGACUUGUUGAGCCAAGACCGGUCUCCUCUGGGCUCCUCACGACCCACCCCCAUCCUGGACCUGGACAUCCAGAGACACCUCACACACUUUAGUCUUAUCACUCACGGUUUCGGCACCCCAGCUGUGUGCGCGGCCCUCAGCACCUUCCAAACUGUGCUAAGUGAGAUGCUAAACUACCUGGACAAAAACUCCGGCAACGGCAAAACCAGCCAGUCCACCACUGAGCAGAUCAACAGCAGCAACACGGAAAAAUCACAACUCCGAAAAGCUGCAGCCGACAACCCAAAAGAUGGAAAAACGGAAAAGACUGAGUAG